AUGUACGAGAAUGCAGCAUUAGAUAGCAGACAGCUGUACAUCGAGAUGUUACCGAGUGGUUUAUCACAAGUCGAUCGUCCCGAGGUAUCGUCCAGUAUCACCAAUUUCCAGAGGCUACAAGGACGAGGUUCCAUCCUCGCCGCAGCCCCCCCAGGCGCCAAGGCCCGACUCAAGGCAGCCUGCUACACGCUCUGUUCGCUAUUCUUGCCUGGAUUCUGGGUGAAACAACAGAAAGACUUGAAAAUCACCUGGAAAUAA